GUCAGAUGUGGUCAGUUUGCGCUAAACUCUUGUAUAAAGCGUUUCUUAGUGUAAGUGUUAAGAAACAGAUUUAAAUUACACGACAAUGGAAAUGGAAAAGAAAAAACGGAUUCUCUAUUCUGUGGAAGACCUAAAUAAAGCUGUUAACGCCAUUCGAUCUGGAAUGCCAUUUAAAGCAGCUAGUAAGUUAUUUAAAGUACCCAGGUCGACCCUACAAGAUAAAGUUAAAGGCAGAACGGCUUUAGAGAAGAAAUGUGGACCAGAAACCAUACUAACAAAAGAAGAAGAAAAUGUAUUGGUAGCAUGGCUAUUUCGGAUUGCAGCCUGUGGAUUUCCUGCAACAAAAACAAUGUUGUUAGAUAGUGUUCAGCUAUUGGUUAAAGAACUGAAUAGGCCGAAUAAUUUCACAGACAAUAGGCCUGGACGUAAAUGGUACGAAUUGUUUCUAAGAAGGCAUCAAGAACUGGCUCCAAGGAUUUCUCAAAACCUCUCAUCUGCAAGAAACAGCCUUACAGAAAAUCAGUCAGUGGUUCAUAGAAGUAGGGGCCUUCUUAGAGGAGUCAAACUAUCUUCGUAUAACUGAUGACCCUGGUCGCGUAUUUAAUUGCGACGAAACGGCUUUUUUCCUCAGUCCCAAA